CGUCAAAUGAAUCCGUCAUUUUGAGUUUGGUGAGACAAGAAAAAAAAACCUUGUUACUGCGGUGGAAACUGUUACCAUUGGAUUGCUGCGGCAGGCGCGUAGAUCCAUGCAUUCACUGUCUAACUUGCGUAAUUCCGAGUACAAGAUUUCCCUGGUUUUUUUUUUGGGUCUUCCCAGUUCGCUGGUCUAUAUAAAUCGAGCUCGGCGUAAACAUUUACGGUUCUUUCCUCGUUAUACAAACAAGUCUUUUUACUUUCUUUUUUUUGCUCCUACAUCUCAUCUUUAUCAAGCAUGCACAGUGCUUCUGGUAGUCCUUUAUCAAUUGAAUUAUUUCCCGAAUUCGGUUGGUCGAUCCAUGACGAACACGUCUAUGGUCCCGGUUCCGUUUUCCAAGGCAUUGUUCAUUUGAACCUUACACAACCAUUGGAAGCUGAACGCGUCCGGCUUGUAUUCCGCGCCUCGGAAGGAUUUGCAUCGUCAUCCAUGGGAUACCACGUUUCCGACAGCACCAAAGAACAUAAACUGUUUGCCAUCCAACAAGUGUUGUGGCAACGCGAUCGCCCAGGCCAGAAACUCGGCGGAUCCUCCUAUACUUUUCCAUUCACGGUACAAAUGCCACUGAUUCAAUACCCUCCAUCGAUGGAACAUGAAGUCUACCAUUGUCGGUUUGAGUUGACGGCUCAGAUUGACGAACCCAAGAAACUGCAUGUACCUCUGUCUGUAACUCGUCGCAUCCUUUACAUGCCUUUUAUUGAAACCACCAUGUUGAAGGAGCCGGCCGUCAAACAUGCAUCACGACCGGACAUGGAAGCCAGCGUCUCCACGUGUAUGUUGGACUACGUACCUGGAGACACGGUUCAACUGUCAGUGGAUCUCGCUACCACCGCGGACAAGAAACCUCACGCCAGCUCGAUUACGGCCGAGCUUCGACAGCAAUCAACCGCUAUCAUCCACGGCGUCUCACAGAAACUGGUCAAAGUGAUUGCAACCACAUCGGUUCAGCCAAAGGAAUACAUGGAUCGUCAUUCCUACACCCGCUUGGAACUCCCACUGGCCAAGGAUGUGACGCCUUCGUUUGACUACGGUCGCCUGAUGACCGUCGACUACUUGCUCCGAGUGACGAUCAAGCGCAAAGGACCUUUGGGCGGUAUCUGGUCGUCGACGGUGACGGUUGACUUGCCCAUCACCAUUGGCACCCUCGGUUACGGCAUCAAAGCUUCGCCCGAUACCCAACUCUACACGACCAAGGUCGAAGCAGGCGCCGUGCCCUUACAAUGUCCUCAGUUUAUGCGCGCAAUUGAAUAUGCCGACGCUCUUCCUGUCUAUGACUCCAUCCGUUUACCCGCUUAUGGCACCGUAUGAAUCAAUUCUUCUAUUUAUUAUCGGCAUCACUCAUUUCACAUAGACGUCAUGACCUUGUACAUAGCAUUUCUUUUUUGUUCAUUUGUAUCCUUUAUUUAUUUGGCAGUAAGAAAAAUUCCUUAGCGCCAUCGUUUAACUACUUAAUCUUCUAAUAAAAAAAAGGGCAUAAAAGAAUGGCACACCUGAGUGUUGUCAUUUGUAUUGAUUUAUUUAUACGCCGUUUCUGACUGCAAUGUUUUGAUGAAUUCUGUUUUUCGCCAAUAAAUAAAGGUCAGUAAAAAACGAUUUAUUUGU